CGAGAGAAGAGCCUCGGGGUCAAGCGCCUCGAGGCGAUGACCUCCGCCUACUGCACGCCGCUCAAGACCUACGUCAAGGGAUUCCCCAACCCCGACAGGUUCCACCCCUUCGAGCGCGCUUUACUCGAGCUCACGCUGAGCGACAAGAAGUAUCGCGCCACGGUGGAGGCGGUGGACGUGAUGCGAAAAGGACUGUACGGCAUCGGAAAGGGGUACGCGGCGCAGGUCAACAAUCAGCGACAAUCAGCGGAGAUGAAGGCGACGACGGAGAAGGGCAUGAACGAGAUGGAGGCGUAUUACGCCAAACACGGGCGGUGCGUCGACGAUCUGAAGUCCAUCGCCAAGAUGCUUCGCAGGCUGCCGGUGGCUGAGCUGGAGACGCCCACCGUGGCGCUGGUUGGGGCGCCGAACGUCGGCAAGAGCUCGCUGGUGCAGGCGCUGUCCAGCGGCAAGUCGGAGAUCAACAACUAUCCGUUCACGACCAAGGGGAUAAAGAUGGGGCACUUCUUCGUGGAGACGGAGCGGCACAUAGUCACCGACACCCCCGGGCUGAUCAACCGCGCCGACCGCGACCGCAACAAGAUCGAGCUGCUCACCAUCGCCACGCUCGAGCACCUUCCCACGUGCGUGGUGUUUGUCACGGACCUGUCCGGGCUGUCCGGAACAUCCAUCGCGGACCAGCUGGAACUGCGCGAGUCGCUGUACGAACAGUUCGCGCACCGCAGGCCGUGGAUCGACGUCUUGUCCAAA